AUGGCAUCUUCUGCCUUAAAAUCCGACAAGAAGAUCGUUACUGGUCCCGCCGGUUAUGUUCUUGAAGACGUUCCUCAUUUCUCCGAUUACAUUCCAAAUCCUCCUACAUAUCCAAAUCCAUUACAAGACAACGCUGCUUACUCUGUUGUUAAGCAGUAUUUCGUCGAUGAGGAUGACACGGUUCCUCAAAAGAUAGUAGUUCAUCCUGACAGUCCUAGGGGAACACAUUUCCGCCGCGCAGGACCACGUCAAAGGGUUUACUUUGAAUCGGAUGAUGUUCUUGCUUGCAUUGUUACGUGUGGUGGUCUGUGUCCCGGGCUUAAUACUGUGAUCAGAGAGAUAGUUUGCGGAUUAUCUUACAUGUAUGGUGUCAAGAAAAUCCUCGGAAUCGAUGGAGGUUAUAGAGGAUUUUACGCGAGAAACACAAUCGAUUUGGACUUAAAAACAGUGAAUGAUAUUCAUAAACGCGGAGGAACCAUCCUUGGGACUUCAAGAGGCGGUCAUAACACCACCAAGAUAGUUGAUAGUAUUCAAGAUCGCGGGAUUAACCAGGUUUAUAUAAUCGGCGGAGAUGGAACACAGAAAGGAGCAGCUGUUAUAUUCGAGGAAAUUAAAAGACGUGGGCUCAAAGUUGCGGUUGCCGGGAUUCCCAAAACAAUUGACAAUGACAUUCCAAUUAUCGAUAGAUCGUUCGGGUUUGACACAGCUGUAGAAGAAGCUCAACGUGCUAUCAACGCAGCCCAUGUAGAAGCUACAAGCUUUGAGAACGGUAUUGGUCUUGUGAAGUUAAUGGGACGGUAUAGCGGAUUCAUUGCAAUGUAUGCAACUCUAGCUAGCCGAGAUGUGGACUGUUGCUUGAUCCCGGAAUCUCCAUUUUUUCUUGAAGGCAAAGGCGGGCUUUUUGAAUUUAUUGAGAAACGGCUAAAGGAGAGUGGUCACAUGGUGAUUGUGAUCGCAGAAGGCGCGGGACAAGAUUUGUUGGCUGAAAGCACAGAACAGUCCACAACUCUCAAAGAUGCCUCUGGAAACAAACUUCUACAAGACAUUGGCCUAUGGAUCUCCCAACGGAUCAAGGAUCAUUUUGCCAAGAAGAUGACCCUUAACCUCAAAUACAUAGAUCCAACUUACAUGAUACGGGCUGUUCCGAGCAAUGCAUCAGACAAUGUAUGUUGCACGCUAUUAGCUCAAAGCGCGGUUCAUGGAGUGAUGGCUGGUUACAAUGGCUUCACAGUUGGCCUUGUCAAUGGCAGGCAUACUUACAUUCCCUUCUAUAGGAUCACGGAGAGGCAGAACAAGGUGGUGAUCACUGACAGAAUGUGGGCGAGGCUUUUGUCUUCGACAAACCAGCCGAGUUUCAUGAGGCAAGACAAGGUCGACUCAAACCACUUGGUUGGUGAAGCAGCGGCCAUGAAAUGGUGA